UCAAACACGGAAGUAAAUUUUCGAGAGAGGAAGGAAGUGAGGAGAGCAGAAUCCAGCAAAAAGCGCCUCGAUUCGUAUUAUUAAUCCAUUUUGGGUAAUACGCGGAUUAAAUAUUAGCUGUACAAUGUCGAAGAACACAGUAUCUAAUCUUUUCAGAAAGGUAGAUGUAGACGAAUACGACGAGAAUAAGUUUGUCGACGAGGAGGACGGUGGAGAAAACCAACUGGGUCCGGAUGAAGCAGAAGUAAAUUCGCUGAUCAGACAGGGGAAUUUGAUGGAUGCCCUGCAGGCUGUUCUCAAGAACCCACCAAUAAACACAAAGAAUGAGGAUGUCAAGGAACAGGCUGAGAGCCUGGUGCUGAGUGUCCUCAGCUCCUUCAAGAGCAGCGAAAUUGAGAAGGCGGUGCAGACGCUGGGAAAGAACGACGUGGACCUGCUCAUGAAGUACAUCUACAAAGGGUUUGAGAAGCCCUCCGAAAACAGCAGCGCUGUCCUCCUGCAGUGGCAUGAAAAGGCCUUGUCUGCUGGUGGAGUGGGCUCCAUCGUGCGGGUUUUGACUGCCAGGAAAACGGUCUAACCCAACCAACACACAGAAAGGGAUUUGCUGGUACAAAGCCCCAGAUCUGGUUCUGUGUGGGUCUCCCUCCAGAUGCGCCCUCAUUACUUUAUAUCCGCUUGCUACAAAACCCCUCCCCCUUUCCCCCUGAUUGGAUAGCCUGUUAUCACAUGACAAGGAUAAGCCAGUUGCGAUACGUGCAGAGUCCGUUAUGCUGGGUGGUCAGAACCUGCCUGUAAAUGUCUUGGCAGACUUUAAAAGUGGAAGUGCCAAAAAGCAGUAGCUACUUUUAAAGGUUAUUAACUAAUUUUCAGGUGACUACUUGACCGUUGCAGAAUGCUAGCAACUGCCAUCACCAUUUGGACAGUUAAAGCCAUUUUCCAUGAUUGUUAAUGAUCUUGGCCCUUUUUAUAAUGUGAAAGCUGACUGGCCAGUUUGCUAGAGUUCUGCACAGGCCAUGAGAAUCCUCUGUCAGACACUGCUGGACAGUGCUGCAGUGGGAAACACCAGAGUCAUGGAUGACCAUUCUGGGGCACUGCUGUAGUAUGUGGUUUAGGCUUCAUAGCCUAAGUUUAAAUGACACAACCCUGUCAGUCACAUUUAUUCAUCCAUGAUAAUAACUAAUAAUGUCACGACCCUGCCUUUGCUAAAUAUAUUUGGGAGGGAUUCCCUCACUGACAUCUUAACAAAGGAGUUAUUUUAUACGAGAAUAUUGUUUAUGCUAAUCUAUCAGUAAACUGCAUCCACCUCGUUUUUUUAAGUAUGACAUGUCCUCUACAAUUACAUAAGCCAGACAGGUAGGUUUUUCUGGACCAAAACGGCUUUGAAUAAGAAUAAUUUUUCUAUUUGAGAUUGGUAUGUUAAAAAGUUGGACUGGCAGGAUAUCACACUUGAUCAGAUCCUGUUUAACCCUUCGGUAUAUUCCCCUUGUCCUAAGGGUAAAAAAUGACCCGCCUUCACUAAACCCCUAAAAUAAAGCAGCUUAAUUGAAUUUUAAACCCCAAAUCUAUCUUGCAAGAAACAACUUGUCACUCAUCACAAACUUUAUCAUCAAAUUUCAAGUUGAAAAAGGAUCAUUUAUGGGGUUUUCUCUGCUGUGAAACAUAGUGCUGGGCUAUUUUGGACCUUAAGGAAACACAAGGGCUAAUAUAUUCCUUUAACACCCCUGACCAGACUUCAGAAUAGAAACUACGUUGUGCUGUUAUGAGGUGAUUUAUGAUUUUUGGAACAUUUUACAUUUUGUCUCUGAGAAUAUGAGCUAUUAAGAAUAGUGUCAGCUUUGUAUUUUUUGAAAUGUCAUUCAUUCUGGGAAACAUUGCUUUUAACUGAUUGUGAAUGCACCAAAUCAGUUUACAAACUGCCUUAUUAAAUACAUUUGUAUAUGAUUUUGGAAUGGAAUAAAAUAUAUAUAUUCA